CAAAUUUAGUAAUACAUUGAAUUUCUUCAAAAUAAUAGCAGUUUGGAGCUACACAAAUUACUUUAUAAACUUUAGCUGAAGCUAGUAAGUGAAAAUUAUGGAAUUAAGGAAUCCCUCAGAUCAAGCAAAUAUUUUCGACGAAGAUGUAUAAAAUUUUUGGGUAUUCAAAAUCUGCAGAUCUGAUCAUCUGUAAUUUUAAAUUUCUACUAAACACUAACUACUUGGGUGUUUCACCUACUAAAGAUGUUUAAAAUGAUCAUUUUUUUUAGAAUACGUGAAAUGCAGAGAAGUCAUAAUAGUGCAUGCAGAAACAGAGAAUGAGUUUACUGUUCUUUUUUACAGUAGAAGUCUUCUAUUUACCAUAAUAUUUUAUCUCUUGGGUAUUUGUACUGCUGGAAUUAUUUUCCUUGUUGGGUACUGGUACCCUAUUCGUCGUUUAAAACUCACACAUAACAGAUGUAACAUAAAAGAAGCAACAUCAGUGAAAAUAAAAAAAAAAGAAGGAAAAGAUGUUUAUGUGUCCAAAAUAAAUGAAAUAUUUUUAGGAGAUAUGCUGUAUGACGAAAAAGACUUUACGGAAUUUGAAAAAACUAUUAUUUCGAAAUCAAGUGUAAGAUAUUUUGAAUUUAUGUUUCUACGUUACAUAAUUAGUGAAGAAGACAAUGAAAUUAUUCCUCUUGUAAACGCAGAAAAAAAUUGGAGUUUUUUGGAUAUUCGUCGUUGUAAGCAUGGAACUAAUAUUAAUUCUGUAGCAACUAAAUUAAUAUUAUAUAGUGAUAACUUCAUUAAAAUUCCAGUAAAAUCAUUUUGGAUGGUCUUUUUACAAUUAUCUUUAGAUCCGUUUUAUGUUUUCCAAGUGAUUAGUAUAAUUAUAUGGUGUUUAGAAGAUUAUACCGUAUAUGCUAUCAUUAUAGUUAUUACAACAUUGUUAUCAUUGACAUUAAACUCGUAUCAAACAAAACAAGCUAUGGUAAAACUACGUGAUAUGAUUCCCCCACCCUCAGAUGUACAAGUUUUGCAAAGAGCAAGUCUUUCAACUUCUUUUAUUAAAGUUGUUUUUAAGUCAACAAAAGAAUUAGUUCCUGGUGAUAUUUUAGUCAUUCCAGCUAAAGGUAUGGAGUUACCUUGUGAUGUGGUUUUAUUAAAAGGACGGUGUGUUGUUAAUGAAAGCUCACUAACAGGUGAGAGUAUACCAAGUACUAAAAUAGCAAUAGAUGAAGCAUUGAAGUCUGAAUGGUUUUACAGUGUAAGUUUGCACAAGCAACACACCAUGUUUAAUGGUACAAAUAUUAUACAAGCACAAACUGAUGCUGGAGAAGAAAAUGUUUUAGCUUUAGUUAUUCGUACUGGCUUUUACACUCUAAAAGGAGAAUUGAUUCGAUCUAUUAUAUAUCCAAAACCUGUACACUUCACUUUUUUUCGAGAUUCAAUGAAGUUUUUACUGUGGAUUUCAGCAAUAGCAUUAGUUGGUUUUAUUUACUCAGUUGUAAUUUUCAAACAACAAGGUGCCAGUAAUAUUGAACUAAUUAAAAAGGCAUUUGAUUGCUUCCUAAUAAUUAUACCUGCUGCUCUUCCAGCAACUAUGACAGUUGGGUUGCUGAAUGCAGCUCGGAGGUUAAAGGAUAAUGAUAUAUUUUGUGUUGAUCCAAAUCGCAUUAAUGUUUGUGGAAAAGUUAAACUUGUUGUGUUUGAUAAGACAGGGACUCUCACAGAAGAUCAAUUAACAGUAUCUGGUGUUAUACCAGUUGUUAGUGGAAACAUGAUGCCCUUAUAUAAAAUACCCAAUGAGAUAGUGCAUUUUCCUAUAUAUAAAGCUAUGUCUACAUGUCAUAACCUAUCUAUUAUUGAUGAAGAAUAUCUGGGAGAUCCAAUUGAUAUGUUUAUGUUUCACUUUACUGGAUGUAAACUGUAUGACUCAAGUCUAGAAAAUGUGUCUUUAUUUGAAUACAUUUCGAAAAAGUAUAAACCACAUGUUAAAACUCUUGUCACACAGCAAUCAAGUUCAAAUUUUUUUGCUGUUUUAAAGCACUUUACAUUUGACUCCGACCUGCAAAGAAUGAGUGUGAUAUCUUCGGAUAAUCAAGAUGAUAAACUUUGUGUGUAUGCAAAAGGUUCACCAGAGAAGAUUUUAUCAAUGUGUAUACAGAGCAGUAUUCCUAUAGAUAUAAAAGAAGAAUUAGAAAAGUAUACCUAUGUUGGUCACCGUGUGUUAGCUGUUGCUUAUAAAGAACUUACAAAAUGUAAAGAAUGGAACGAUGUGAAUAAAAUACCUCGAGAUGAAAUAGAGUCAAAUCUUUUUUUUGCGGGAAUCAUUGUUUUUGAAAAUGUAAUAAAGUUAACUACAGGUGAAACAAUCAAUAUUCUCUCUCAAGCAAACAUUAGAACACUAAUGGCAACAGGUGAUGAUCUUCUUACAGCUUCCUUUAUAGCAAGAGAAAUCAACAUGGUUUUACCUGAUCAGGAUCUCAUUGAGUUAUCAUUUUUAGAUGGUAAAGAAGUUUUCAGAAAAAUUGAAAACCCUAAAAAAAACACGAUUGUUAAGGAAAGACCAGCAAAUAGUACAAUCGAAAUGCAAUGUUCUGUAGAAUAUGAUACUCAAAGUCCUGACACUAAACUUAAGUAUGCACUUGCACUCUCUGGAGAGACAUUUCAAACUGUUCAUCUAGAACUACCACACUUAUUGCCUAAGAUUUUGGUGAGCGGAGCUGUGUUUGCCAGAAUGUCUCCAAACCAAAAGACCAUGCUAAUUGAAGAUCUUCAGAAAAUUGGUUACGGUGUAGGAAUGUGUGGUGAUGGAGCCAAUGAUUGUGGAGCUUUAAGAGCUGCUCAUGCUGGUAUUGCAUUGUCUUGCGCAGAAGCAUCGAUAGCAGCGCCAUUUACGUCAAAAAUAUUUAAUAUCUCUUGCGUUCCGACUCUUAUAAAGGAGGGACGCGCAUCACUUGUUACAGCUUUUGGAUCAUUUAAGUAUAUGAUUCUUUACAGCAUGGUUGAGUUCUUUGGUGUCAUUGCUCUAUAUGGGGUUUCAUCAAAUUUCACAAACAACCAAUACGUCUACACUGAUAUUGGUUUAAAUCUUCCACUUGUGUUUGCCAUGACUUUGUCUGGCGCAAGUAGUAAAUUAGCUUUAAAGCGUCCACUGGGUAAACUUGUUCAUCCAAUUUUUAUUGGUGGAAUUGUUUUACAAGUCCUACUUAUUAUUGGUAUACAACUCACUGGCUUUUUUUUAAUUCAAAAAAUGAGUUGGUAUGUUCCUAUAAAUGAGUUUGAAACUUAUGAAGGUAUAUACUAUAAGUGUUACGAAAAUAAUGUUAUUAUUAUUGUUUCAUACUAUAUGAUUAUUGGAUUAUCGUUUGCUUGUUUAAAAGGGCAGCCUUAUCGUAGUCGUUUUUACUAUAAUUAUGUAUACGGAAUUGUAUGCUCAAUUUCAAUUACUGUUACUCUUUAUAUAACUAUUUACCCGGAACGAAAAGUAUUGCUUCUUAUGGACUUAGUUGAAUCACCAAAUCCUGAGCAUCCUAUUUUUUUAAUCGGAUUAGCAUUGUGCCAUUUUUCUUUGUCUCUACUAUUAGAAUAUUUUUUGGAAACGACGAUUGCCAAAAAAAUUGCUGAUUGCAUAAGAAGAAAAAAAGUCCCUAAAAACAAAUACAAACAUAUUUUUAAGGAGCUUCACAAAAGCAAAGAUUGGCCUUCUCAUCAACAAAUGACGUUCGGUUGAACUAAGUUAUAGUUGUUAUUUUGAAAUUAUAAAAACAAAUUUGAUUUUGUUGAGCAAAUAUCAAUUUGUUACAUACGUAUAAAUAUUUUUAAAACGAGAGAGGAGAUAAAAUCUAGUUUCUAGACCUCCCAUAGUCUAAAUAAAAUGCUUUAACAUUAAAAA